UACGGCGUAGUGUGGACGGGAUCUGGAUGUGUUUUAGUAAAAAAAACUACAAUAGCCUCUAAUGAAGGUCAAUGCAUUCCUGCGUGCAUCUGUUGUACUAUUUGAACAUAUUUAGCUUUGUUUCUCGCGCACUUGUACGACGGUCAUUAUCUUCUCGCCUUCCAACCAGGAGCACGUUUUCACACCAGCUUAGCAUAGCAUUCGUCAGAUUCUGUCGUGAAAUAUGUCGUUAAGAGAGGGAUACAGUAUAGUCGAGGAGACUUUGGAUCAAGAGAUCGAAGGUCACGAAAAAAGUCUUGACGAGACGAUAGAGAAGAUGAAAAAAAUCUCAACCAUGGACACCUUCUGGAACGCGUGUAAUUCCGUUCAAGGGCUAGCCAUCUUGUCCAUGCCUCUGGUGACACUGUUUGGAGGUUACUGGUUCAUUUUCGGUAUCAUAGCCAUCGCAGUGCUGUCUAACUAUACCUCCAAGAUCUUGAUAGACUGCCUUUAUGAGGAAUUUCCUGGCAAGGGCCGCACACGUGUUCGCAACACAUACGCAGACAUCGGAGAUGCAUUCUGGCCCAAGUACGGUCGACACAUGGUGGAUGCAACAAAGUUUUUUGAGUUAAUAUUUGUUGCUACCGUAAAUCCAAUCGCCUGUGGUGAGGCUAUUUACUACACCCUUCCUUAUCUGCCGGUCGGAAAGCAAGUUUGGAUCUUAAUUUUUGGCCUGGCCAUGAUACCAAACGUUUUUCUUAACUCGGUGAAAUUACUCUCCAAGAUCAGUAUGCUUACAAUCUUUUUCGCGUUGGCAAACUUUGUCAUAAUAGUAGCUUAUUGCUUGGGCAAGAGCGCUUCCUGGAAUGCCGAAGAUUUGCUGGUAUUUGAUCCUUUCCGGUUUCCCCUGACACUCGGAGUCGUGCUGGCUAGCUACUCCUCCCAAAUCUACCUCACGGUACUCGAGGGCAACAUGCGCCAUCCUGAGAAGUUUAACACCGUCAUAAACUUUGCUUACAUCGCCAUGACCGUGUUAAAGAUCGGAGUGGGAGCUUUCGGUUAUUUGACUUUUACAGACAGCGUCGGUGACAUGGUGUCUAACAACCUUCCGCUAGGACCUUACCGGAUCACCGUCAACGUCGUGGUAACAGUCCUGUCCUUCAUGGGCUAUUCCCUUCCCAUGUUCGCCGUUUUCGAUAUGAUAGAGAAGUCAGCCCCGCGGUAUUUAACAGCCAGGUUUCUCAAUGACGAUGGAAGCCGUCCUAUUGUUCCAUGUGUGGUGCUGUUACGUUUGAUGCUCACAUCCCUGACCAUUCUCAUGGCAGUCCUUGUUCCGCACUUUACUCUUUUUGCCGCAUUUAUCGGAAGUGGUACAGGUACUGCCAUCGCGCUGAUUUUCCCCUGCGUUUUCUACCUGAAAAUCUUCUUCUGGGAGUUGAAAUGGCAGGAGAUUAUUCUAAAUGUUUUCAUCGUAUGUUUUGGAAUACUAAUGGCAGCUUGUGGGAUAAUUUCCACGGGACAUGAGCUAUAUCUCACCUUCACUCAUGGUACAGAUUUCUGAGCCUUAGACACAAUGGUACAGUGAAGUGAACUGAAUACAUAACAUUCGCCGUACACUAUUCUUUCAGAAACGUUGUCCAGUAACCAGUCCGGUGGUAACUGACCUAAAAUAAAGGAUAAGCAUGUUUUGUUGAUGUUACGGAAAUUGAGACCGAGGUUAUGUUUUUUCACCUUUCUGAUGUCAGAAAGCGAUAUUUAACCACUGUACACGUCGUUAAAUACGCGUUUUAAAAUGUUCUGUUGUUUCCAGAAAUCGUUUAAAAGUUAUGGUUAUUGUGUCGGAGUUGCACUGUAUGGGUGGAUUUAGAAACAGUGGCAUAAGAAUUGUUUAGUUUUCUAGAGAUCCUUCAGAGUUGAUUUAAAAUUUUGCGUUCAAGUUUCAAAUAAAAAGUGUAAAUGAUAAAUAAAGAGGAAAACCACUCGGCACCGAAUCAAUCAAAUUAAAAGAUCAUUAUUAAAACUAUUACAUACGUUGAAUUACACUACGUAUACCUUUUUUUAAGAGACUGUUGAUAGAGGUCAUUGAGUAACCAAGCUUUCAAUAUAACUAUCUUUGUGAACGUUUUUGUUUUUCACGCAUUUUGAGUGCGUUUGAACCCCGAUUGCAACACUUCCGCAUUCGGGCAUUGCGUAAUUUUUUUCGGGCAAGG